AUGGACCUAAAUAAUUCAUUUGUUAAUAUGAAGGAUGUUAUGAAUAUCCCUAUACAAAUUGAAGGAAAUGAUGGAGAUAAUAAAAGUAAUAAGAUGAACGAUAAUAUAUUAAAUUUUGAUUGUUCAUAUGAAAACAUUUUAAAUAAUGAUAUUGAAAGACCACAAGAAAUAGAUUGUGGUAUGUCAUGUACUAGUUCUUUUAUUGAUAAUAAUGAAAAAAUAAUUAAUGAUAAUUAUAAUGAUAAUAAUUAUAAAGAAUUAAAUAUUGGCCAAGGAGAGAAUGAAGAUAUUAAUCAUAUGAAAAUUGAAAAGAAGGAUAUAAUAAAUAUCCCUGACAUUUAUUCUAAAAAUAAUUAUAAUAAUAUGUAUAAUGCCUUAAAUCUUUCUUUUAAAAAAAAUAAUGAUCAAAUAUAUAUGAACAAAUUAGGAAAUAUAAAUGAGAAUAAUAAUGAGGAUAAUAGUAAUACGAAUUAUAUGUUAAAUGAUAACAAUUUAAUUUUAAACGAAGGAAAUAUAAUUAUAAAAAAUAUGUAUCCUGUGAAUAUGGAUCAUCAUAAUGUAUGUUCUCAAAUGCAUGAUGAUAAUGAGCCUCCAUGUAUUCUUAGUAAUAAUGAUAAGGUGGAGAAUGAAUUUGGGCCUAAGGAAAUUUUUUCAAAUGAUAAUUUUAUUUAUGACGAAUCAAUUAAUAUAAACAAUAUAAAUAAUAUGGAUAAUAUAAAUAAUAUGGAUAAUAUAAAUAAUAUGGAUAAUAUAAAUAAUAUGGAUAAUAUAAAUAAUAUGGAUAAUAUAAAUAAUAUGGAUAACAUAAACAAUAUGAAUAACAUAAACAAUAUGAAUAACAUAAACAAUAUGAAUAACAUAAACAAUAUGAAUAACAUAAACAAUAUAAAUAAUGUGAAUAAUUCAAACUGUGUGCACCCAUUAAAUGCUCCUCCUAGAAAAAACAUAAACACAAAGGAUGCACAAGAUGAAUUCUUUAAUAAUGAAAAUGUGGAUUGUGUCAGCAAAAGCACGACGUAUAUAUUAAAUAUAGGGGAGAACGGUAGUAUAUGUGUAAACGAUAUAAUAUCUAAUAGUAAUAAUUCAACAAUCGAAGGAAGUAAACAGAAUAAAAAUAAAGAAGAAAAAGAAAAAGAAAGAGAAAGAGAAAAGGAACACACACAACAUAAUAUCAAUGAAAAGAAUCAAGAAAAUGAUGAAAUAGGAUAUAUUAAUAAGAAUAAUAUGAAAAAUAUAAUGUCUGAGAAUGAUAAUACAAAUAAAGAGAAUCAUCCUUAUAAUCUAGAACAUAAUGAAAUAUAUAAAUCGAUGGAAAAUGAAAUUAUAAAUUAUAAACAUAUAAUAUUUCGAUUAAAGUGUGAAGUUCAAAUAAAAAAUAGCUAUUUAGAAAAUGAGAAAAAAAAAAAUGAGGAAUAUGAAAAAAUAAUAGAGAAUUAUAUAAGUGACCUAAAUAAAAAUAAUAAUAAUAACAAUAAUAAUAGUAGUAGUAAUAGUUGUAGUAAUAUACACUUGCAGAAUAAUAUAUCUGGGGGUGAGUCAUUAAACAUUAUUGAAGUUGAAAAUAAACAACUGAAACAUGCAUUGUUAUUAAAAAGCAGUGAAAUUAUCGAAUUAAAUAAUGUCAUAAACAAUUUGAAGAAUCAGAAAAUGAUUUUUUUGAAUCAAUUAGAAAAUGAAUUAGAUAUGAGCAUAAAAAAAGAAACAGAAUAUUCAUAUCUAUUACAAUCACAAACAAAACGUUUACAUGCAGCUAAUACAUUUAUAGAAAAACAAGCUAACCAAAUUGUUGAGUUAAAGAAAGAUAUAGAAAAUUUAGAAAAUACAUAUAAUAUGAAUUUAAAAAAAAAUGAAAAACAAAUUAAAGAAUUAUUAAAAGAGAAAGAAGAAUUUCUCGAAAUAACAAAAGAAUUAGAAAUUAUUAAUAUAGAUAAUAUAAAGAAAAAAGAAGAAAUACAAAAAUAUAAAGAGAAAUGUUCAAAUUUAACAGAUGAAUUAAAUGAAUUAUUAAGAAUUAUAUCUAUUAAUCAACAUGAUAAAAUAGAUACAUUUAAAUAUCAUAAUUUUUAUGAAAAUGUAAAUAUGGAUAUGUCAUAUAAUAAUAUGGAUGAAAGUAUACAACAAGGUUAUUAUUAUUUUGAAAAAGAAAAGAAUCAUAAGAUAGAACCUAAUAAUGAUAAACAUACAAAUAAUGAAAAUAUUUUAACAAUACAAUUAAAAAGAUUAAUUGAUGAAAAUGAUAUAUUAAAAAAACAAUAUGAAGAAUUAAAUAAUGAAAAAAUACAAAUCGUAGAAGAAUUAGAAUUAAAAAAUAUUAUAAUUAAUAAAAAAAAUGAAAAUUAUACUUCACUUCUAGAUAAAUAUAAUAUACUAGAAAAAGACUUUGAGCAUAUACAUAAUUUAUGUAUUCAUUUUGAAGAAAAAUUUAAACAAGAAUGUAUUCAUAAUAAUAAUAAUAUAAAUAAUAAUAAUAAUAUAAAUAUAAAUAAUAUAUCAUUCGAUAAAAUGAAUAGUUUCUUAAACAAAAGUAAUUUCUCAUUAAGCGAAUUAGAUAUAAAUCAUAGUCAACAAAGUGAACAUAAUAUUAAUCAUUAUAAAAUUUAUUGUUCAGAAUUAAAAUUAGAAAAUGAAUCAUUAAAAAAAAUAGUAGAGAAAUUAAAAAUAAAAAAUAAUAAACUCUCAAAAAAUAUGGAAUAUUUAUUGAAUGAUUUAAUACAAACAGAAGGAAUGAAUGAAGAAAAUAUACAAAUACACAAAAAUAUAAUAAAUUCUCAAAAUCAAAAUAAUAUAAAUUCUCAACAUAGUCCUUAUAUGGAUAAUACACACAUAACAAAUGUUUAUGAUAAUAAUCAUAAAGAUGAUAAUUUCAUGAAAGAAACUGAAAAGAAAUAUUCAUAUAAACAAGAAAAUAAGACAUAUGAUGAAACGAUUGAUAUAUUACAAAGGAAUAUUAAAGAUAAUUCAAUUGUAACAACGGAUCAUAUCAAAAAAGAUAAUAUAAAAAUAGAUAAUAUAAAAAAGGACUUUUAUUGCCAAACAGAAAAUAUUAUAUCACCUGACAAAAAAGACGCUGAUUGUCAAACAACAAAUAUUAUAUCAUCAGACAAAAAAGAUUCUGAUUGCCAAACAACAAAUAUUAUAUCAUCUGACAAAAAAGAUUCUGAUUGCCAAACAACAAAUAUGAUAUCAUCUGACAAAAGAGAUUCUGAUUUCCAAACAACAAAUAUUAUAUCAUCUGACAAAAAAGAUUCUGAUUGCCAAACAACAAAUAUUAUAUCAUCUGACAAAAAAGACACUGAUUGUCAAACAACAAAUAUGAUAUCAUCUGAUAAAAAAGAUUCUGAUUGCCAAACAACAAAUAUUAUACCACCCGAUAAAAACCAUUUUUGUUGCCAGACAGAUAAUAUUCUUAUCAACACAAAUAAAUAUUUGAAUAAAGAAAUAAAUACAGAUGAAAAAAUUGUAUAUGACCAACAAGUAGACACAAAAGAUGAAAUUUCAUUUAUGAACUCUAGUGUGAAUACAGAAGAAAUAAAUACAAGUGAAAAAAGUGUUAAUACACAAAUAGAAAAUAGAAAUAUUGAGGAGAAGAAUAUUACACAUGAAUGUAUACAAACUGAUAAAAUAAAUUGUUAUAUAAAAUAUAUACAAACAAAUGAUGUUGAAAGAAGUGAUAAAAGUAUUGUUACUGAUAUGUGUGGGGUACAUGAUUUUAAUAUAAAAAAAAUGAUGAUAAAAAAUAAUAUGUUAAAAAAUAAAAAAAUACAAGUAACACCUACAAAUAUGAAUGCUUAUGCACAAACUAUUAAUACAUUUUAUAAUAAUAAAAAAAAUAAAUAUAUAUAUAAUACAAGUGAUGAAUAUCAUACAGAUAUGAAAUAUUUAAACAAACGAAAUAGAAAUUAUUCAUAUGUAUCAUCCUACUAUUCUAGUAAUUCUUACAAUGAUAUAUAUAAAAAAUAUGAAUCUUCAAGUGAUCCAUAUAUAAUAAGAAAAGGAGAUGGAAAAAACAAAAAAAAAAAAAAAAAAAAAAAUCAUAUAAAAAAUGAGAAGGAUUUAAUAAAAUAUUCUUCAAGGGAUAGUAUUAUUAUGUCACAGAAUAAUAAAGAAAAAAUUAGAAAAAUGUAUAAGAAAAGAAAAGAUAAAAAUAUAUAUAUGUAUAAUAAUAAAAGUGUGCAUAGCCAAGGAAACAAUUCAAAUAGAGAUGUAGAAUCGUUAAUAGAAAUAUUGAAAUAUUCCUCGGAUAGUAUGGACUAUGAACAAAAGAAAUAUGAUAAUAAAAAAAAUUGUGAUAAUAAUUUUGAUGAUUAUGAUAAAAAAUUUUGUGAUAAUAAUUUUGAUGAUUAUGAUAAAAAUUUUUGUGAUAAUAAUUUUGAUGAUUAUGAUAAAAAAAUUUGUGAUAAUAAUUUUGAUGAUUAUGAUGAAAAUUUUUGUGAUAAUAAUUUCUAUUUUGAUGAUAAUAAUUUUUAUAAUAAAUAUUAUUCUAGGUCCUAUUUUUCCUACAAAGAAAAAAAGAAACUUUUACACUCACAUACAAUUAAAUUGAAAAAUAAAUAUGUACAAACUAGCCAUUCUUUUUUGGAUGAUGAUUUUUUUUAUAACCCUAAAAAAGAUAUACAAAAUAAUAUUAAUCAUGAUAAUGAUUCAAAAGUUUUAAAAAAGAAAAUAAGAGAAUACUCUAAAGAUUUAUAUCAUACAUUAAUUUUAUGUGAGAAUUGUAAAGGCUUUUAUCUAGAUAUGUUUUUAAUAAAUAUAUUUAAUCAAUAUCUGAAUUGUUAUAAUAUUAUAAUUCAAAAUAAUAAUACAAACACUGAUACAAUAAAUAAUAUGGAUCAUUAUUUUAAUUAUGAUUCUUUUGUAAGUAACCCUAUUUCUAAUAAUAUGUAUGAAAAUAAAGACAUAGGAAAUAAUUUAAUUGUUGAAAAAAAACAAAACCAAACAACUACAGUAACUAAAAAAUUAGAUCCUAUUUAUUGUUCAUAUAAUAAUGUGAAUGAAAAUUCACAACAUAAUAAAAAUUAUAAUAUUGAAAAUGAUUCAGCCGAGAAAAAACAUGCUGAUGAUAAAUAUCAUAUAUGUUCUUCUCCUCAACAAAAUGAUGUUACUGAGAAAAUAUCUAGUUGUUAUUAUGAUCAAGAGAAUAAAAAUAAAAAAAUAUUUAAAAUUGAAAAAUAUAUAAUAAAAAAUAUUCCUUUUAAUAUACAUAUGUGUACAUGUUCUUAUGUUAAUUUGAAAUAUAAAAAGAUUCUUAUUAAAAAAGAUGAAUCUGUGAACAAGAAAAAAAAUAAGUCAAAAGUAAAAAGUAAUAAUAAAAGUAAUAAUAACAAUAAUAAUAAUAAAAAUAAUGUUGAAAAAACCAACACUCCUGCUAUGAACAAUUUUAUGUGUAGUAAAAUAUUUAAUUUUAUUCAUAACAUAAGAAAAGAAAUAAAACAAAUAAAAUAUAUCAUUCAUACUAUGUUAUUUUUUAAAGACAAUGAUCCUAUGAAACACAUGCUUCUAAAUAAUAACAGUUUGAAUGAUAUAUCUAUGUGUUUAUUUAAUUAUAUGCAAAAUGGAAAUGAUAUUAAUAAUAUGAAUGAUAUGAAUAAUAUGAAUAAUAUGAAUAAUAUGAAUAAUGUAUAUGGUUUGAACAAUAUAUAUGGUUUGAAUAAUUAUGUAAAGAAUAAAAAUGAUGGUGAUGAUAAAUAUAAGGACACACCAGAUGCCCAUAAAAAAAAAGAAUGCAUUAAUUAUAUAUCAUCAAUAGAUGUUAAAUUAUCGAGUAAUAAUAAUAUAAAUAGUUUUUAUAAUAAGGAGAGAAAUGAAUGUAAUUAUAAUGUAUUUUUUGAUGAGGAAAAACAGAAAAAUGAUAAUAACAUAAAGGAUGAUAUAAUAAUAAAUAGUUACAACAAUAAUGAUGAUAAUAAUAAAAGUAUAGACAAAUUCAAUUUUAUUAAUAUUCAUGAUGAUACUCAUCAAAAAAAAGAAAAUUAUUUUUAUAAUAAUCCACAGAAACAAAACUACGAUGAAUCAUCCUGUUUAGAAUUUUUGGGUAUCCAAAAAAAAAAUACAUCAAUAUAUUUUUAUAAAAAAGAGAAAAUUAUAAAUUUUAAAGAAUUUAUGAAAAAUUAUGAAGUGAAGAAUAUUAUGAUUUUUUUUAUUUGUUGUAUAUUUUAUUUAAAUGAAUUAUACAUACAAUAUAAUAAAUCGCUAGUCACAAAUAUUCAACCUCUUGAUGAUAAUACAAAAAAAGAAACUCAUCCAGACGAUGAAAGGAAUGAAAUUUUUUACAACAAGAGUGAUAAAAUAAAUAUUAAUGAGGUGGAUAAUUCAAACAAUACAAUUUAUAUAAAUGAUAAUUCAAAUAAUAAAAAUUAUAGCCAUGUCAACAAUUUUUACGAUCAGGUAAUUAUGCCAAAAGAUAAAACAGAUAUGAAUACAUACACAAACAAUAUGAACCCAUUAGAUAUUUCAAUUUUUAAAGAAGCUGAAAUUAUGAUUGAAGAAUAUCGUGCAUGUCUUGAUGAGAACAAACAGACAAAUAUACUACAUGAUAUAGUUUAUAAUAUUAUAUUAUGUAUAAAAAAUAAUUAUAAUUAUAUACAUAAUGUAUUUUUAUUAUUCAAUGAUGAUAUAACAAAAGAUAAUAUAUUAAAUAUAAAAUAUAUUUAUAAAUUAAUAGACAAGUAUUCAAAAAUAGAUAUAUAUAUAAAACAUAUUAAUGAUUGUUCUAAUGAAAAAAUAAGAAAUACAGAAAAUAAAUUUAAAGAAAUAAUUUCAAACAAAGAAGAUCUGAUAAAUAUUCAUAAAGAAAAUAUUAAAAAUAAAAUUAAAUUAAUUGAAGAAAAAGAUUUAAUUAUUAAAGAUCUAAUAUUAGAAAAAAAUAUUUUAAUAAAAGAUAAAGAAAUUACAAAUAAUUUAUUAAACGAACUUACAGAGGAAAAAAAUACAUAUUUUAAUAUGUAUAUGCAAUGUCAUCAAAAAUGCACAACUAAUAAUAAAAAUAUAAUACUAAAAGAUGAGAAACAGGAAUAUAUAUAUAUAAAUGAUGAACAUAAUAAUCAUAACAAAAUAAAUAAUUGUAUAAAUAAAAUUAACAAACUAAAUCAUGAAAUUAUAUUAUUAAAAAAAAAACAAACAAACAAAAAUACAAAUGUAGUAACUAAAAGAAAAAAGAAAAAUAAUACAUCAUCUUCUCUGUGUUCACAUAAGUCACCAUCAUUGUCAACAUCAUCGUCACAAUCAUUAUCAUCAUCAUCGUCAUUGUCACCAUCAUCGUGCAUAUCAUCUAAAAACAUUUAUCAUUUCAACCAAACAGAUAAUCAAAGUAUUGAAAAUGCAAAUUCAAAUAUCAUUAUAGAUGAUAAUAAUUCAAAUACAAAAGAAAAAAAAAAAAAUUCUGUAACAAGUAUUAUUUUAAAAGAUCAAACUGAUGAAUUAAAAGAUUUCCAUAUAAAUGAAAAUAUCUCAUCUACAAUAAAUAUGAAAAAAAUUAAUAAAAUCUUAUUUCUUUUAAAAGAAAAAAUUAUCCUUUUUAUUUUCUAUAUAUUUAAAAAGGUUUAUAAAAAUGCUUAUAUUAAUAUUACAUAUAUUAAACAAUUUUAUACACAAAUUAUAAAUAUUUUUAUUAAUAUGCCCAGAUAUAUUUGUUCUUCUUUCAUAUUUGUAAAAGAAAAUGAAAUAAAUUAUAAUAUAUAUAUUAAAAAAAAUAAAAAUCAUAAAUUAUAUGUACACACAAAUAAUAGCCACAUCCUACAGCUAACUGAUCAUAAUUCUUCAUUAAAUAAACAAAAAAUUAAUGAAAAAAAAAAAAAAAAAAAAAAUGUACAACGGGCGAAAGCAAAACUGUCUGAUGAGGAUUCAUCUAGCAGUGUAUCUCUGUUCUUUGAUUUUUAA